CCCUGUAAUAGGUGCACAUCUUGGUUUCUAGGAUGUUCUGAGCUAAUAGACUGAUGCAGAGCGCACUGCGCAUGCGCGACUCGAGCACUGUUUGAGACGGAAGACGGCUGAGUGUCCUGCGAACCACAAGAAAAACGCAAGAAAAGUGCAGGGUCAGAUCAGAAGCAUGUCAGGGUUUCUGGACGGGAUCAGAUGUGGCGAUUGCGAGUGUAAUGUGGACUGGGGUGAGAAGAGAAACACCAUCGCCUCCAUCGCAGCCGGAGUUCUGUUUUUCACAGGCUGGUGGAUCAUCAUCGAUGCUGCGAUAAUGUACCCUAAAGAGGAACAGUUCCACCAUGCAUAUCACACCUGUGGGGUUAUAGCGACUAUAGCCUUCCUCAUGAUCAAUGCAGUGUCAAAUGGCCAGGUGAGGGGUGACAGCUACAGCGAUGGCUGCUUGGGACAGACAGGUGCCAGAGUUUGGCUCUUCAUCGGAUUCAUGUUGGCGUUCGGGUCUCUCAUCGCCUCUAUGUGGAUCCUGUUUGGUGGUUUUGUUGUGACUGACCACAAGGAUUUGUCAGUGUAUCCUGGCAUUGCGGUUUUCUUCCAAAAUGCUUUCAUCUUCUUUGGUGGUCUGGUGUUCAAGUUUGGCCGAACCGAGGACCUCUGGCAGUAAAGAUCCCUUUCAAUCAAAUCCCACAGUCCAUCAACACACAAUUCCUCUGUACUUAUUGCUGCUUAUUUGCACUCUCGAUUUCUUUCUUUCCCCUUUUCAACUCCCCAGCUGACCCCCGUUUUUCUGCUGCUGUUCCUUCUUCCUUUCUUUGUCUUGUUUCCUGUGUGGCCAUAGUAGACGACCCGCAGGGAGAUACAAUGCAAAUCAAAUCCGGUCUAUCAAAAACAUAAUUGAUUCACAAAAUAGUUACGUGUUUAUUGUGCAGCGGCAGCAGAGAGAUUUGAGUAGAAUCUUCAAUAACCAAAAUGAGUGCGACUGACUUUCAGUCUUUCAGCUUCAGUGUUUAUUGAAAUUGAAAAAUAAAUAAUGGAUCUUUUGGAAAACUUUUAUUUACAAUCUUUUGAAAUUUUGUGCAAUGUGCAGAUUUGAGAACAUACUUCUUUCAUAUUUGCGGCUUAAGCUUCGGUCAGCUGAUAUCACUACAACAAGUGCUUUAUUUUUACGGCUUAUCUUUGGAAGAUUUUUUUAUAUCGCGUUAUAUAGGUUCCCAUGCUUUUCCCAGUCAUUCAGUUGUUUAAUUUGAAAAUAUUAAACAGAUUGCACUGAGCACAAGCAGAUUCUUAUAGCUGAGCAUAACUAGAAAUAUGUACAUUAGUUGUCAAUAUUAUUCAUUUCUGUGCAACUAGUAAAACAAGAGUUUUUUUUCUUGACUGUGGGAAGCCUGGUUACAUAUUUUGUAGCUUUUGGAGCUUUAAGUUCACUCUCUGUGUAUAUUUGGGCAUGUGGGAGAUGUAUAAAAAUGUUAAUGUUUUUUAAAAGCACAAUUUCUUAUUAUUUCAGUGGUUAUGGGAGAAUGAGAUGAGAGUCAGAGAAUUCGAUUUGUCUGUCAACUAACAAAUUAUAAGUUCUUCUGAUUUCUACAAGCUAAAAGAAUGUAACAUUUUAAUGUAACCAUGUCUCUCUUUCUGACAGAAAGUAGCUGAACUUUCAACUGUGGGUUUAAAUGAAUAAAAUUAUUGUAAAUAUG